AUGCCUCCAAAGUCCACCAACGCUCGCGGGCGACCCGCUGCCUCCUCGCGCCGCACCGCCGGUCCCACCGACAGUUCCUCUGCCACACCCACUUCAGGCCCUUCAAACACAACCACAAACCCGAACAAUCCCCCAAUAAGCCCCAGUCUCAGUGAACCGCGUUCUCGAAAUGCACCUUCAGCCAGCGCCACACCAACAACCCGCGGCGGCGUCCAACGCCUCCAAUCGCUCAAGAAGCGUGCACCAACCGGCUCCCUCGUUCCCCUAAAUCCGGACGGCACGGCACCCAAGCCGACACUGCGCUAUCAGCCACGUGGCGGUGGCGAGGAAGUGAACGAAUAUAAACACUAUUUCUCAGUGGCUCUCAUGAAUUUGGCUAGGAGUGGGGAUUUGUGGAGAGUGAGGGCGAUGGGGAGUACAAUUUGGCUUGUGAGGGGAGGGGUGAUUUCUGGUGGAGAUGGCUCGGGACUGUUAGGAUCGGGCAUCUCGACGUGGGGUCGUGGAGGGGGUAGAAUGAAGUUUGGCAAUGGCGGUCGAUCGGGAGCCGAGAGGGCACAUGGGCUUGUCACAGCUAAGAGUGAGGAGGGUGGAAAGGGAGAAAGUAGAGAUGUUUCGUCAGAUGAGGAGAGCGGUGGGGGGCCGAGGUUUAGCAUUGAGCAGAUUAAUAUUAUCAGUGAUGAAGAGGAGGAAGCGGGGUGGGAAGAUAAUGUGGAGCUAGAGGAGGGGAAGAGGAAAAUGCCGGCCAAGGGGUCUCUGUCUGGGGGACUGGGGAGAGGGUUGAGGCCUAUUCGGGUUGAGAGACAGGAACACCAGGAGAGGUCUGUUGGUGUUAACACGGAUUCGAGCUUGCAUAAGUCAGCGGAGCUGAGGAGGCAGGCAAAGGCAAAGGAGAAGCAUGGAGGGGAUGAGAGCUUGUUUGUGCAGGAUAGUGAGGAUGAAGACGCAGAGAGUGUAAUUGAGAGUGAAGAGGAAGUUGAAAUUACUUCGGAGAACGCUCUUGGCCGUGCAGCGCAGAGCGAAGUGCGAAUUAAACAGGAGCCUACGGAGGAUGGGGAUGUGCUUAUGGUCGACACUCUACCGCAAGCCACGGGCGACAGCGCUUUAACACCCGCUCCCCCAAAACCAAAAACAAAGAAGAAGGAAAAGAAGAAGAAGAAGAAGAAGAAGAAGAGGGUCGCUAUCCAGGAUCCGAGAAGCAAACUGCAGACGGAAGAAGAACGGCAAGAGUGGGACCUUCACGAGCAGGAUAUAGAACAUAUCAAGCAGACGUUGGGAACAAUAACCACCCACGAUAAACCGGCGGAAGGAGAGGAAGCAGCUGGCCGGGAAGAUGAGGAUAAAGCUCUUGAGGCUCCGAAGGAUGAGCGCUCUGGGCGGCUUUUCCUCAUCCAAUUUCCGCCCAUGACACCCAAUCUUAUUGCGCAAACACCAGCUGCAGAUGCGAUGGACCAAGAUGUAGUUGAAACCGGUGCACAAACAACUACCACCCAGAAUCCAGCCAUACCCUCGAUUAAAAAAGAAGACACAGACAACCUCGCCAUCCUUAAACCUACCUCGGUUAUCAACAACAAUACCAACGGCGUUUCCCAAUUUAUUACAGCGGUCAACUCCUCCCUCCCACCCGGCCGGGUGGGCAAGCUAAACAUCCACCAGUCCGGGAGGGCAACAAUAGACUGGGGCGGGAUCAGCUUUGAUCUGACGAAGGGGAGUGACGUGGAUUUCCUUCAGGAUGCGAUUGUGGCGUCGGAGGGGAAUCCCAAGGUGUCUGGGGAGGAUGAUGGGACUUCUUUGGAGGAGCCAAGGGAGACGCUGGUAUGGGCGAUGUCGCAAGUUACCGGGAAAUUUGUGGUGACGCCAGAUUGGGAGGUGUUGCUUGGGCUUUGA